AUGCCUGGCAUCUUCUCACGCCGCAAGAAGGACGGCAAGUCCAAGAAGAAUGGACUCGACGACUCUGCGGAUUUGGUUCUGCAGAAGCAGAAAUGGGACGAUGCUUGGACCCGCAAGACGGUUGAGCCCGAGGAAGUUCGAGAGCUGCUGUGUGGCUGCACUGAAGAGCUCAAGAAUCGAGGCCUCGAUCACCCGUUCUUCCUGCUUCCAUUCCGACCGACAUCGAACCCGAGUGCUGUGCGAACCUUUAUUCGAAACUUCUUCAGUCAGGAUCCCCCGAUUAGUGGCGAGCUGCUGCUCCAAGAGCUGCGCAUGACGGAUCCUAUGGUUAUCUCGGGAGUGGCAAAAUGGUGCUGGAGUCGUCUCCAGGGAGGUCUCGUUGGUUGGGAUGCGUAUGAGUUAUUCAAGGUUGGUGAACGAGACUCAAACAUGGCUCGCGAUUCGUUCAAAACCUUUAUUCCUCUCAGCGUUGAGAAUGCUGCGCGCCAACAGAUCAUCUUCGACUUCUUCAGCUUGAUAGCGGCAGUGGCGGCGCAUGGCAAGAACAACGGCUUUGGUGGGCGCAAGCUGUCUCGUAUGGCUUCGUGGUGGACCUUUGAGCACAACGAUACUGGCAAUGGCUUCGAUGGUGGCUAUGGGUCUUGGCUCAGCGCUGCCGAUGCUACCAGCCAUCUCUUUUUCGCUUAUUUGCGAUCGCUUUCUCCCGAACAAAACCCUACAGGAAUCACCAUGUUGCCUAGGUCGCUUCAAAAGCUUCUCCAGGAGACCGAAUACCCUCCCCAGAGGCCGGAGCUGCUCAUGGUCAAGACCAAAAAGGUUGCCAUGAUUGUUGAGACGGUUUCGCCGACGCCAUUUGCUUUGUUGCGCAGAGCAAACCACUUUCAAUAUCGCGACUCCGACAGAGAACUCCAGGAAUUCUCCAGCUACGAAGACCCCGUGGAGGCGCUUACGGAAGAAUGCCAGCGAGUUCUAAAAGCAAUCUCGUCAACUAACCAAUCGCAAGUGUCUAGUAUAAAGCACUCUACUGGCCUACGAGAUGCUAGCUGGUCCAGAUUCGAGGAUAUUGGAUUCGCUAGCUCUCUGGAAGAGGAAGACGACGGCGAAGGAAGUGCCAUACCAAACAAAAGAGUCCAACAACUUAGACAGUUCCAAGGUCUCCGCGGCAGCCCAUUAUCUGGUGGCAACGGCGUUGCACGCCCGACAACACCUUCAUGGGCGGACUUCCUGUCAGCCGGGUUUGUCGAUGACAACCAGUCCAGGCCCAACUACCUUUUGCCGCCUGAUAAAAUUCUUCCACCUCUGUCACCGGAUGGUCGCCACAGUUCUCAGUCCCACUAUCCAAGACUCGAGAGCGAACAGGAUGUUGAGCCGGGAGAGCUUGCAAGUAUCAGAGUUGUUGACUUGGAUGAUGCUUUCUGGUGGGUAUGGAUGACCAGUCUUGCGCCUGAGGAGACUCCCGAAAGAAAGUCGGCUUUUGGCCGAUGCGCUGUGAUUGAAACGCAACUUCGUGGCAGCCGAUGGCUUGUCAUGGAAGAGCUCAUCGCAGGUGCGGCCCCCGGUGCCCAAGAAGGAGCGUAUAUUGCCGAAAAGAAGGGUUUGUUCUCCUGGGGUAAACGCUCCAAGACCAUCUCCAAGCGCAAGAAGUCUCUUGAUAAGAACGACAAGAAUGCGACGGCGAACAAGAACGAUAGCAAGGCCAGUAUUGGCCCGGAUGCGCAUGCCAAGAUUCAAGCAAAGGCUGCCCAGCUGAGGGCUCAAAAAGACCGGGAAGAAGAGCAACGCAUACAGGCUACUCCUCGUCGCGGUCGUACCGAUGCUGAACUGUUGGCUGAAAAGACUAACAGUGUUUUCACCCUCCAGCCUUUGAUUGUGGGCGAAGCUUCUUCGGCAAUGAAAUGGGUCAAGAGUUACGACAAGGGCACUAUCAAGGAUAUUUACAUGGCCCAUGACGAAGCGGGUCGAGGAACAGCUUUUAACCCUUCGCAACCCGAGCUUAUCGUGAACCAGGAGCCCGCUGAUGGCAAUCAUCCUUCUCCCUUGGUUCCUCCAAAGGACAAUCACUUGACGCCAGCUGCCUCACCUUUGCCUCAUGGGCACUCUGCCUUAUCCUUGGUCCCAGAAAAUGCUUUGGAAGAGGCGCGAUCGCGGUCCCCUCUUCCAGAGAAGGCCGGAACUCCUGUGCCUCCCGCUCAUGAGCCUAGCUUGCCAACACCACCCAAGGAUGAGCCUGCUGCUCGAGUGAUGUCGCCUACUUUUGAUGGAAAAGCCUCUUUGGAUACCCCACGGAGUCCCGAGCCGGCGAAGCAGCAAAAGACCAGCGGGUUCCGGAAGCUGUUUGGCCGCAAAAAGCGCAACUCGAAGAAUCUUGAUAAUGUCACUACCGAUCUGAAUAAGAUGCUUGAACAAAAUGCUAAGAAGUCUAUUGAGCAGCCAAUGGCUAGUCCUGCUGUUGUCUCGCCGCUCGAGCCAGAAACUCCGGUCGAAGCAGCACCUGCUGGAGAACCGAUCUAUGAGCCAAUUUACGACCAACCGGCGGACGAUAAUGACGCUCACGCUGAUGUCCACGACGACGAGCAUGAAGGUGGACAUGACUUCUCAAGAUUUGACCAAGGCCCUCUAGAUGAUGUACCGGCCUUUGUCCCGGAUGAAGAUGACGAAGACGAAUUCGAAGAUGCCGUCCCACAACCGGCUGUUCAGCCUCCUCGCCAAACUCCCAAGCCCAAUUCAAGGCUACCUGUCAAAGAGGGCGCCGUGGUGGGCCAGGGCGGUGGCAUUCAUGAGAGAUGGGCCCAACUUCGCAAAGCGAGUGAGCGACCUGCUCCUCGCCAAGUGGAAGUUCCAUACGCGAAACCUACGAGACCCGCUGAUGGCGAUGAAACCAGCGGAGAAGAGACAAUCGAGUCUCGAGUCGCACGUAUCAAGGCUCGGGUUGCAGAGCUUACUAAUAACAUGGAAGGCACAUCGGUGCCUCUCCGCAACCCAUAACUGAGUGCCCAAGCUCAAUUCAAUCUUAAAUAUCCAAAUCAUCUUCAGCCUAUUAUCAAUAACUCUCGACCUUACAGUCUGCCGCAAUUUGAUACCACUCGCCGUUAUAAUCAGA